AAAGUUAAUUUAUAUAUAUAUAUAUAUAUAUAUAUAUAUAUAUAUAUAUAUAAAGUCGAAGAAUAAUCAAUAUGCCACCAAAGAAAAGCAAAGUAUUGAAGACAAAUGUAUCCAAAAGUAAACUUGCUAAAGAUAAAAAAUCAUCCGAUAUAGUUCCUAAAAAGAAUUCUGAUUCUAAUAAAGAAUCUGGAGAAUCAUCAAUAGAACAAAUAGGUGAAUCAGUAAAAAUUUCUGAACAAUCUACUAAAAAACAAACCAAAGCAACUGAGAAAGAAGUUAAUAAUGAAACUGUUAAAAAUUCUAAAGGAACUGUUAAAAAUUCUGUUGUCAAUUCUGUAAAAGAAUCAGUUUCCAAAAAUAAACGUAAAGCAAAUGAUAACGAUGAACCUGUUGCUAAAAAAGCUAAAACUGAAAAUAAACCAAUUAUUAAUAGAACUGAUACUAACUUGAAUGAGAUAUAUUUUGAUUGCGAUAAACUUAAUACAGAAGGAAUGAAAUAUAAUUUAAAAAUUAGCACCUGGAAUGUUUCUGGGAUUAGAGCAGUUAUAAAGAAAAAUGGAAUGGAUUAUAUUGUCAAGGAAAAUGCAGACAUUGUUGCGUUGCAAGAAACUAAAUGUAACACUAAUAAACUACCAAGUGAAAUAAAAGUGCCAGGAUAUCAUCAUUAUUAUGCAGAUAGCAAAAAAGCUGGCUAUUGCGGUGUAGCUUUGUAUACAAAAGAGAAGCCCAUUAAUAUCAAGUAUGGCUUAAAUAAUUCUAAACUUGAUGAAGAAGGCAGAUUAAUUACAGCAGAAUAUCCAAACUUUUUCUUAUUGAAUGUUUAUGUGCCAAAUGCUGGAGCAAAGCUGGUAACUAUGCCCAAAAGAUUAGAAUGGAAUGAAAAAUUCAAAUCGUAUGUUAAAGAAUUGGAUAAGAAAAAACCUGUCAUAAUUUGCGGAGACAUGAAUGUAGCUCAUCAAGAAAUUGAUUUAACAAAUCCUAAAACCAAUACAAAAAAUGCUGGAUUUACUAAAGAAGAACGAGAUGGUAUGACUGACUUUUUAGAUCAAGGAUUUGUUGAUACAUUCAGAAUGUUGUAUCCAGACAAAACAGGCGCUUAUACUUUUUGGUCAUAUUUUGCUAAUGCAAGAAGUAAAAAUAUUGGCUGGAGAUUGGAUUACUUCUUGGUAUCUGAACGUAUUCAAAACAAAGUAUGCGAUAACGUUAUAAGAAGCAAUGUUUAUGGGAGUGAUCAUUGCCCGAUUGUUUUAUACGUUACUUUAUAAAACAAAUUCCAUUUGUCAUUUAUCGAUCAUUCCUCAUUUAAUACAAUUAUAAUAAUGAUGUUUUAAUAUGUUCUAUUUAUUGCAAAAUAUACUUUGAAAAUAAGAAAUGA